AUGCGCCCCGCGGGGCCGGCGUGCGCAGCCCCACCGGGUCACGGCGGGGGCCGGCUGCCGGCAGGGCCCGGGGCUCGCAUCGCUGCCUGGCGGCGUCACCGGCGACCACCGAGCCCGUCAGGGACAGGGACCGACCCCGCCGCCGCCCCCCGCCGGCCCCAUCCGACCAGGAAAUGGGCCGUCACAGGAAGUCCCGGCUGCCGUCGGGAGCACCGCCCCCGCGCCUCCGCCAGCUGCAGGGCCCGGCCCCGCCGCCCCGGGCUGUGCCGUCCCGUUCCGCUGCGCUCCGUCCCGGGAUGUCGCGCCCCAGAAUGUCCCGUCCCGCAGCCCUCAGAGCGCCCCCCGCCCCACAGUGCGGGGGGAGGGGGAGCGGGGGCUCGGCGGGAUGGCGGCGCCGCGCGCGGCACGCUGGGGGCGGUAGUUCCCUGUGGCCGGCGGACGGGGUGCCCUGUGGCCGUGGGGACUACAAGUCCCGGCAUGCCGCGCGGCUCCGGCCGGCAGGGAGCGCUGUGCCGGCGGGGCCGUGAGGGGGCUGUGGCGGAGCGCCCGGGCCGGGGUCGCCCCUCAGACCGGCCGGGACCGGAGGCCGCCCCAGGGACAGCGGACGGGGCCCGGGGACUCGGCGUCCUCCUCGCCGCGAGGGAUGAGUGCAGAAAUCCUGUCCGCGAGGAACCACGGCCCACAUUUGGGCUUUGCAUGGUGACGGAGAUGAAGACAAAGCUGAAAGUUGAGCAGACCCUGCACAAAGGACCCCUGGAGAGACAAAGCUUUGUCACCUGAACCUUGUCUAGGAAAAUACAGCAACAACCCUUCACCUUCCUGAAGGGAGCAGCUCCUGUAGCAAGGUAUAACAGGGUUCCUUAAACUCCCUGUCAUUCUAUCCA